AGCGGAGCGAGGGGGUCGGGGAACCUCGGAAGCACGAGGUGGGGAGCCCCCGGAGCGCGGCCAUGGGCGGCAGCACCCGCGGCCCCGGAUCCCUGGAAGGGGACGAAGUCCCUGGCCAGUCUCCCUACGAGCGACUGAGUCAGCGGAUGUUGGACAUUUCUGGGGACCGAGGUGUGCUGAAAGAUAUCAUCCGAGAGGGCGCUGGCGACCCCGUGACCCCUGAUGCUUCCGUGCUGGUGAAAUAUUCUGGAUACCUGGAGCACAUGGACAAGCCUUUCGAUUCUAAUUGCUUUAGGAAAACACCUCGGCUGAUGAAACUUGGAGAAGAUAUUACACUCUGGGGCAUGGAGCUGGGACUUCUAAGCAUGCGCAGAGGGGAAUUGGCCAGGUUCCUGUUCAAGCCAACCUAUGCUUAUGGCACCCUGGGGUGCCCACCCCUCAUCCCUCCAAAUGCUACUGUCCUGUUUGAGAUCGAGCUGAUUGACUUCCUUGAUUCUGCUGAGUCAGACAAGUUUUGUGCACUUUCAGCUGAACAGCAAGAACAGUUUCCACUUCAGAAGGUUCUCAAGGUAGCAGCAACUGAGAGGGAGUUUGGCAACUACCUUUUCCGCCAGAAUCGCUUCUGUGAUGCCAAAGUGAGGUACAAGCGGGCCUUGCUGCUGCUCCACCGACGCUUGGCAAUCUGUGAGGAGCAGCACCUGGUGGAGCCCGCCGAGCUUCUGGUCCUCCUCAACCUGUCUUUUGUGUACCUGAAGCUGGACCGACCUGCCAUGGCCCUGCGCUAUGGGGAGCAGGCUCUGCUCAUUGAUCAAAGGAACGCCAAGGCCCUCUUCAGGUGUGGACAGGCUUGCCUCCUUCUAACUGAGUAUGAGCAGGCCCGGGAUUUUCUAGUGCGAGCUCAGAAGGAGCAGCCCUGCAACCAUGACAUCAACAAUGAGCUGAAGAAGCUGUCCAGCCACUACAGGGACUACGUGGACAGAGAGAGAGAGAUGUGUCACCGGAUGUUUGCUCCCUGUGGGAGCGGCUCCUCAGUGGGAGGAAACUAAGGUUUGUCGGCUCUGCAAGCAAGAAAAGGGCCAGUGGACUCCUCCAUCAUCUCGGCUGGGGAUGGACGGAGCCCCAGUUCAGACUGCUCCAGCCACCCCUGGAAGACAGCAGCACCCC